GUGGUUAUAGCCUGUACUCGGUCAAGUGUGGAGCGACAAGACGUGACGACAACUCUUGAUUAAUUCGGUGCUAUCAAUUCUAAUGGCUGGUUUAUCAUCUUUGAAGGUGUGAUGGCGGGUAGGUAGGUAGCUAAUAGUUGAAACUAUAGAAGACUGGGACUGUAACUUUGUACGGUAGCCGGUAGUCGAGUCUCGAGAGCUCGAGAGACGCCGAAACUCUAAGUUCCAGCCACAAGUCAACACAGGCUCACACACUGCAAAGCCGCAGCCCAGGCACAGACACAGGUGCGUAGUGGGAGGAGUAGUAUUGUAAACAUACCGGUACCAACACUUUCUAUCUACCACUUCUCGCGCUGACGCAGUACAACCACUCCGGACCCGGGACAAGAAAGAGGGGACCAGACGGGGAACCAGAGCAGCAGACAGAGGCAGGGUAGUGAUACAGCCUUUAAAAUACAGGUGCUCGGGUCUCGAUGGCACAUAACAACAGAGAGAGGUCCUCUGCCCAGGAAAGAGAUUCCUGGUGGGCAAUGGGGCUUAAGGCUGCAGCUGGUCUAGGUGUACUUUCAGCAAGUGCCAUCCUUGCAGCAGAAGCAUACAAAGCAACAAAGCAGAGGGAAAAAUACAAUGCCCAAGCUCACCACCGUCAACGUCAGCAGCAGAUGGCAGCAUCUUCCUCUGCUCAGGUAGAGAGCUGUAGUGAUGAUGGAGCAGAAGAAGAGAAAGAACCAUACGCAUCUGGUCGCCGAACCUGUGAUUGGUCAGAUUACGAGGAAGUGGAUUCUGAUGAUUAUGAAGAAGCUGCUGCUCAGGAACAUGCAAAUGUGCGAAUGUUACCCGUCAAUUCUGAUGUGCCAAGCGCAAGUGGAUUACCUCUCAAAACAAGGUUGGAGAGCUACUACACAAGCUAUGUCCUACCUAAUGAAGAGAGGCAGCAAUCUGAAAGAGAAGAGCUGAAGCCAUUUAAAACAUUCUUCAUGAAGUUUGUGAAACAACAUGGAAAUAACCUCCCCAUCCAGAAUGCCUUCUUUGCUGGGGACAGGUCUCAGGUUACCAUUGUCAAAGCUUAUGAUGCAUCCACCAAAUUACUUGUGCUUCCUAUUGAAAUGAACCCCCACACUUGGGAGUAUGAAGAUGCUCGACAUUCUGUUCUGAAGGCACCUGGGUACUUCCUGGUAAGACGGAUCAAUCUGGACUUCAUCCCGAAAGGCCAGGAUCCUUGGGACAAGUUUAUGGUCGGAAACUAUCUCUGCCCUGCAUAUGUGCUUCGCCAUCUACAAAGGCUUCUGGGUAGCAGUAUCAACGAAUUCUGCAAGAUGUCCCCCGGAGAAGAACCAAGUGUGACCAUAGAAGCUAAAAUCUAUGCCAAACUUGGUCCCAGACUUGUGACCCUGUCAUCGUCUCCAUUCUCUCCACGUCCUUCCGGUGUUAUGCAAGAUGAUGAAUAUGAUGAAGUAGAAAGUAUGGAGUUGAAUCUUCGCCCUGAUACUAAUCUUUGGAUGUGGUGCUUCAAUGAGUUUGUGCUUGAGAUGCUACAUGAGCUUGAUGGCUCAGAUGGGGGAUGCAGGAUGAAGUGUUUGGCCAUCAUGGAAGUCCUGAGAGUCAACAACUCCAAACUUCAAGUGCUCUCUCAUGCCCACCUACUAGCCAUCAUGUACAUCGCUUGUGUCGAAGAAACAGAGUGGGAUGAACAGAUGUUGGCAGAACGGUUCUUUGAUAUCCUAGUGAUCCUGACAAGGUGCCUGUCCAACCAUGAUCUUCCGCAUCCAAGGGAUCAGAGUGUGAACUGUUUCCUGGACCUUCCAUCCUGGGCUCUCCAGAGGAUACGGAAAUGGCUGAAGAGCAUAUUAAAGAACCCCAGAAAGAUAAGUGGUAUGCUGAAGCAUAAGUACUGAGUGACAGUUUCAAAUUGUUCUGAAACUGCACUCUCAAUUACAACUCUGUGAGAGAUGGGUGAUUAACUGAAUAGGGAAUGUUUGCUUAAGAGUCACACUGAAGAUUCAAGUAAAGAGAGAUGGAUUUUUACAUUACAAAGACUCCGAUAGAGUCUUUCUUAAAAAUAGAAGAACCAGAUUGAUGGCUCUUUCCUAAGUUCAGAGUGAAUUAUCCGUUUGCAGUGUCAUCCAUUUUGGAAAAAGCAUGUUACAGCUAUUCCAGCUAUUUAUUCACUUCAUUAGUGGAUUGAAGGAUUCAUUGUCAUGUUAGUUAAGAAGAUAUUACUCUUCAUGAAUCCUUUGUUCUGAGUGAAAAUUCCCUAAAUAAAUAAACUUUUGUCAAUACAAAAAAAAUUAUAACCUUCUCUUGAUCAAAUCAAGGUGCUUUAUAUACAGGAAAUUGAAAGAGGAAUGAAUUAAUAGAAUACUUGAUGACACACAUGUAUGUAUGCAUGUGAAAUAGUUAUGCUACCUUUUAAAGAAGCAUGUAAGCUUAAGGUAAAAUCUGGAAAAGACCAUGUUUUUAGCUAAAGAAAAACUAACAAAGUAACAUAUCGUGUGCAGUUACCUAUAUACUGAACCUUUAUUAAAACAAGUACAUCCUUAAACAUUUCUUGACAAACAAGAACGUGCUUUAUUUUGCAUGUAUAGUGUAUGCCAGUUUCAGUAUAGCCAUGUACCUUUUGUUGAAAGUUGCUGGUACUGAAUAUAAACCAGAAAUUAUUUAAGGUUAUAUUUGAGUGACUACAUAGUGAUCUGCGUUACAUUCAAAAUUCACCUAUUCUCUUGAUACCAGCUGAAUUGAAGUUGUAAAUUUAAUGUUGUAUUUUUAUUAUGAAUAUUAAGUACAUUUUACAGGUCAGUGAGUAUUUACACAUGUAGUACAUUUACAGGUCAGCAUCUGGGAUCAAGUUGUCUGGGAUCUUAUCCUAAUUGGCAAGUAUUUCUAUUACAUGUACGUUUUGUUCAUAUAAGGUUUGUUUCAAAUUACUAAAGUCAUACCAUUUAUGUAUUAUAUACAUACUUUAAAAGUAAAUAUAGUACAUGUAUUCAAUUAAGUAGUUUUUAAUGCACUGAAGACUUUCUUUUGAUUAAGCAUUGGAUCUUAUUAAUAUUGAUCGUUUGUUGUAGGAGCCAAUGCCACUGUGCUGUAUGGCCAUUCUUGGUCACAUGUGUGACCAAAAUUAUGACAAAUCUUGAAUACAAUUAGUUUAAAAAAAUUUUUUUUUAGAGAUUUAUUAAUUCAAAGGUUAUAUAACAUCAAGUUUUAUAUAGUCUGCUAUUAUUUAGAAAUAUUUUUGCUGUCUCCAAUAUGCAGGUUCAAGUUCAGAGGUCAAAAGAAGUGGGUCACAUUUGUGACUUCACACAGAACCAUGAUUUUGAAAGUUUAAUUUUUUUUAUCAUUUUGAAAUUCACAGGAAUUUUCAAAAUGAAAUGAAAAAAAUCAUCAUAAUUAGUCAUAAAUCUGUAUAAUUUACAGAUUUAUACCUUAUUAAAAUCACGAUUCGUCAAGAUUUCUGUCACACAUAUGACCAAGAAUGAACCUGUAGUGCAAUACCACCUGUCAACCAAUGGCCAAUCAUGAUCAGACCUACACAAAACAACCAAUAAUUUGCAAGAAACCUGCCCAUUUGAAUGCCAAUGCACCAAUUCACUACAUGUACUUGGUAAAUUCAUAUCACAACUAUUGCACUUUACAUGCAUGUUACCAAUUAGCAAACAGUCCUUUUCCCACAAAAACAUUGUAAUUUCUCUCCACAAAUAACAUUAUAUGCCAAAUUAUCCUCUGUAUUUACUAAUGGUUAUCCAAAAUACCUCAAAAUAGGCCUCAAAAGGUAUACUUUAAGACUAGCUACAUGUAUUUAUGGCACACAGUCGAUGAGAGACAACAUACAAUGGUGAUCAGUUUGCUCCCCUUUAUUAAAGUCGCCUCAUGCAGGGGCGGAUCCAGGAUUUCCCAAAAGGGGGGGGGGCACAUUUGACAAGCAAAAAAAAGGUCUUCACUUUUAAAAGGGGGAGGCACACUUCUCUUUGAACGGCAUUUUUACAUUAAAAAUUUUAAUUGUGCCUCUCUCCCUGGAUUCCCCAGUGACCUCAUUCAUGGAUUCCUGACAGGAUCGAAUACAGGCUCUAACUUUUGGUAAGGUGUCUUUAAAACAGUAUUGUCUCAUGACCUAAACUAGUCAUAUAUUUGUUCCGUACUCAACAUUUUGAUCAUGAUUCAUGAAUUCGUAUUAUGCCCAGUACAAUUAAGCUGGAAGGAAAAUACACAAUGCUCGGGCGAAUUUGCAUCAAAAUGCUCAGAACAGCCCUGGUGGGUGUUUCAUAAAGCUGUUCGUAAGAUACAAAUGACUUUACGCACGACUGGUGAUCCUUUCUUGUGGUAUGUGAUAUCCCUAUGCAAUUGAGUUAUGACCUAAGAACAUGUUCCAGUCGUGCGUAAAGUCGCUCGUAACUUUACGAACAGCUUUAUGAAACACCCACCAGGAAACUCAAAAACUUAGCCCUGGAAAAUCCCCAUUCAUUGCAAUGUUGUUCAUUGUACAUGUAAUGUAAUGCUCAUCCAAUUUUGCUGAUUUAGGCAGUAAGUUGUGAAAAGUAGCCCCCGAAUAUAAAAGCUCAUUUGUUUGCUUGGAUUGGUUGUGAAAAGUAGAAUACAUUAUCAAAAUAUCUGCCAAGGAUUCAGAAGCCCAAAGCAAUGAUAUGAUUUAGGCCUCUGUUUAUGUAUAUAGAUUUUGAAAUAAACGGUAAUUAUUUUUACUCGAUAGCAAAGACCCUAAAUUUAGCAUUCUGGUCUGUCUUGUUGAUAUACAUGCUGAUUGCAUGAUUACCACAUGAAAUUUGCAAACUCAAAAACACCUCUGAAAUAAGGCUGUAAAUUUCCAUGCAAUACAACAUACAUGUACUUGUGAUCAGGGCACUCAUUCAAUGAACAAGGUUAUGAUGUACAUGUAACCUUGUUCGUUCCCUGAAUAGGACUCCCUGUGUUGUAAAGUAAGGUUGGCAAUGUUUGGCUUAUUUUCUCUCGUUCUUGGGGACAAAUGCUUGAUUUUUUUGACACCGUCAAUUUCCAUUAUUACUAUUCUUCAUAUAGCUUGGCUUUUAAGUAAAUUGAAUUCUUUUUAUUAUUUUUUUUUCUGAAUUAAAAAUAGAGAUUGUUGAAUGACAAUUUUCUUGCAAUUUUUCUUUCCACCAAUAGAGGGCCUAUACAAAAACAUGCUCAAAAUUAAAGUUUUGAGCGCUCUGGUGAAUUAAAAAGAAAAUGAUCCCCAAGGUACUAAUGAAAAAUAAAUCACAUCUGUAUGGAAAUAGGUAUUUUGUUACAAAAGUGAUAUUUAAAAGAAUUUUUAAGUGUGUGUUGUAUACUCCAUAGAUUCACCAUAGGCAGGGUGGUUGCAGUGAACAAGUGGAUGGGGUAAUAAUGAAAGUUUUUGUGGGCAUUUCGUGGCACAUCUUGAAACUAAUUGAAAACAAACACCCACACAUAUAACAUAAAGAUAAACAGCUUUUACAUAUUUUAUAUGCAUGAGUCACUUAUAAAUUUAGUUUGCUAUAACUAGAUUGAAUUGAGUAAAAAUAUCAAUUCUGAAUUCUGAUUAAAUACCUUUUUAGAUAUGUACAUGUAAUACAAAGUGCAAAUCUGUUAUGUAUUCAAUGCAUGCAGAUUGGUAUGCAUUUCAUUGUACUGGGACUACAAUGGCCUGGGAAUUUCUUUUCAAUGCUGUUGCUUUUGAAUACAAUUUGCUUUCGAUUUGGGUAUCGGUUUUGGUCUAUUCCGUUUCAUUGUGCAAUUAUGUGAACUGUAUUUUCAUGCAUAAAUAUAGGUAGUGUAAUAUAGUACUAAUGUCUUCUUUUUGUUUAUUCUCUUACAUGUAUUAGAUUUAUUUGUGUGCUGUAUUCUCCAUUUCGUUACUUGGAAUAUAUGCCCUAUAAAAAUUGUUUUAUUCACUGACAUAGCAAUAUAUGUGGUUCAUUUAUAUUCCAGUGAACUUUUUGCAAGUUCUCAGAUUGUCAAAGUAAUGUUUGUUAAAGAAGUGGGCUCAGUGUCACUACCCGAAGAAGGAUGGUGUCCUCACCCACGCUUACACAAGUUUUUAACGAGGGCAAAGCGGUCUUGAAAACCGCAUUGCGAAGUGGAUUUCCAAACUGGUUUACAAGACUGCUUACAAUCACUUCCAAGAUCACACGUUUCACUAAACUGGUUUAAGAAAGUAGAUGUGAACAGGGUCCUUGUGGAGUGAACAGGUGGGUGUUUCAUAAAGUUUGUAAAUUAAGAGUGACUCUAAGAAGACUGGUGAUACCUUUCUUGUGGUAAAUGGUAUAUUUCAAAAUGUUCAUCGGCGAUGGUUUAGCACAUAAGAAAGGAUCACCAGUCAUUCUUAAAGUGGCUCUUAACUUACGAACAGCUUUAUGAAACAGCCCCCCCCCCCCCCCAGUCAGGUGGUCUUACAUUAACUUCAAGAGACCUUAGGUAUGGCAAGCACAAUUACUUUACUAUAAUGCUAACAAUGCUCAAGGGGGGUCUACUGGAAAAUCGAGGUUUUAUGGAAGUUCUCAUAAAAAGCAAAAUUACCAUCAUGACUAUUUUUAAUCCUUGGUUCAAUGUGUCUGGGCAAUGUUAUCGCAUAGCUUUUGAUUUGAGAGAAACAUCCUCUCAUUAUUGACAAAUGAUGGACCCAUUCUUGUGUAAAUAAAGAGGGCUGUUGUCCUGAAAUCUCAUGCUAUGCAAAUCACAUGUUUGCCUGUUGGGAAGUAAUAAAGCACAUUAUCGUACAUUUCAUGCAA